UAUGGUGUUGUUUGGUGCUAUUUCUGGUUACCCUGGAUAAUCUGGCGUCUGAUCUGAAGUCUCCUGCCUCUCUGCCACAUCAGGGCCAUAUCUGUUGGCCCCGACGGUCUUGUGCCUCGCCUGCUCCAGAGGGGUGCACGCACUACAUCACAGAGGCAUGUCCACCACUAUGCAAACCUGUGACAUGACGUGACAGGAGGGGUGUGGCUCCCACACAGGUAGUCUCUGCUCCUCAGGUAACAUUCUACCACUUGUUCUGGCUCAUUCUGUCCUAGCACAGGGCUGCUGCUCCUCUGUCUCAAAACACGUUGGCAUGAGACCUACACAGCUUUUCAUACUCAAGACCACACACGGUCCUGGACAGAUGGGACAUCUCUGACUUUACAUGGCUGGACUGUUGUUACACUAGUUGUAUAUCUGGAAUACUCUACCUUUGUGAAGGAGCCGCCGCUGAAUCAGAAGACUCUACAGUGAGCAGUAUGACAGCAUCAGUAAGUCAUCCCUCUAUGCAUGUCUUCCCAUUCUGAAAGCCUGGACUGUCCUUGGGCAACUAGUAGCCCCUCUUAGCUUGAGACGAUAUUAAAUGACUGAGGCUGGCCUGAGAGUCAUCUAAGAAGGCCCAGCCUGCAUCCAGAGUUCAUCUGGCUGAUUGAGUGAGCAGCCGCCAUACCAUGCCAGUGGUGAAGGUGGAGAAAGACUCCCCGUCCGAGACUACCCUGCCCGUCCCCAACCUCCAGACGGCAGAGACGGCCAAGGGCCGUCGGAGGAAGCGGCCACUGCAGCGGGGGAAGCCCCCGUACAGCUACAUCGCCCUUAUCUCCAUGGCAAUCGCCAACUCCGCCGACCGCCGCCUCACCCUGGGCGGCAUCUACAAGUUCAUCACCGAGCGCUUCCCAUUCUACAGGGACAACUCCAAGAAAUGGCAGAACUCCAUCCGUCACAACCUGACGCUCAACGACUGCUUCAUCAAGAUCCCGCGCGAGCCCGGCCGACCCGGCAAGGGCAACUACUGGGCCCUGGACCCCAACGCCGAGGACAUGUUUGAAAACGGCAGCUUCCUGCGGCGCAGGAAACGCUUCAAGCGCUGCGACUUCACCACCUACUCCUCCUACGCGCACGAGCCGCCCGUCUUUGCGCCUGUGCAGAUCCGCUCGGCCUACGCCAACAGCGUCUACUCCAACAUGGGCGUCAGCCCGGCGUACGGUCAGCAGCUGCCCCACACCUACUACCGCUCCUCGUCCCCCAGCUUCGGCUCGGGCCAGUCCCGCGUGUUCAGCAUCAACACCCUCAUCGGCCCCCACGGCGGCCUGGCCCAGGGGGGCCCUGACAUGGUGGCCCAGCAGCCCUGCCGCAGCUUCAACCCCGAGGGGGCGUCCUGCAGCCUGGCCGGUCCCGGUUUCCAGGGGCAACCCUGCAGCAGCGGUGGUGCCUCGGGCCUGUCCCGCUGUUCCUCCUCCUCCAGCCACAUGGCCUUCACAUACUCGGGGCCGCCCACGCACGGCCACGGGCCAACACAGGGGCUGUACCCCCAGAGCGGCGGCCAGAGCUACGGGCCAUCAGGCAGGCUGGCGAUGGCAGGGUCGUCGCCCAUGGCAGCCGACCCAGUCGGGGAUCCGUAUGGCAGGGCAUCUCCGGGUCAGCUGAGCUCUUUUGCGCAGUACAACAACGGCGGGACAGGAGCCUACCUACGGCCGCCCACAUACUCUGGUAACAUGGACAGAUUUGUGUCUGCUAUUUAACAAUACACACCAGCAACACACGCGUGACCUCUGAAACUGCAUUAAUUACGGGACAUUUGAGGCAUGUCUUUCUGAAUGUUCAUCCAAGACAGCGAAUAUUUAAGGAUACGGUUGUUUGCAUUUGUAUGUUUUAUUUCAUUGUUUGUAUUGAAAAUGUGACCGUAUGCAUUUUUAAUUUCAUUUUCCUUGAAUUUAAAACUUACAGUGAGGUGAUUGACAGCAGCAAAAUAAAGUUAUCUAAACUAGACAUGGACAUACGAUAAUUCUGGAGUGACUGUCUAAUUUCUACAGAACCAGGGAUUUAGAUUUAGUGGUGAUCUGAUUAAAUUAGGAAUCCUAAACUCAGUAAAUAGCCUAUUGAGCAUGUAUUUGUGAUCAACUGUUUUCAUGAAAUGUUUGCAUUAUGUAUAGUUUUUGCUGUUGAA